AUGGAUGACAAGGAAGGAAACGAUCGACGGUCACAUGUCAGAGGAGAGACCAGCGGCUCGGAAGAAGAAACUACAGAGUGCAAACUACAGGAUGAAUUGGUGCAUAUAUUGAAAUACUGUGUUAAGAAAAUGAAAGCAAGACACAAUAAGGUUCCAGAGAUAAUAGUGAAAGUUAAAUUAAAUGGGAUGCCAAUUGAUAUGGAAUUGGACACGGGAGCUUCUGUGUCACUGAUAAGUGAAGAGUUCUACGCUAAACAUCUGAAAAAUACAAAAACCUCAAAGUUAGAAGAACUGUUAAGGAAAUAUGGUGAUGUCUUUGAUGGUGAACUGGGUACAACCAAGAAUAUAAAGGCUCAUAUUCGUGUAAGAAAGGAUGCAAAACCAAUCUUUUAUAAAGCGAGGACAGUUCCUUAUGCAAUCAAGGAUGCUGUGAAUGCAGAACUUAAAAGACUAGAAUUGGAAGGAGUUAUUGAGAAAGCUGACUAUAGUGAGUGGGCGGCAUCGAUAGUGCCUGUUUCAAAAGACAAUGGUUCUAUUAGGAUCUGUGGUGACUUCAAGGUCACCAUAAAUCGUUAUGUGGAAAACCCUGAACAUUCAAUGCCAAAUCCAAAUGAACUAUACCAGCGACUGAACGGUGGAAAAACUUUCUCAAAGUUAGCUUUAUCGCAAGCUUAUCAGCAGGUGGAAUUAGAUGAGGAAUCUAGGAAAUAUGUCACGAUUAACACACCACUUGGUUUGUACAGAUAUAUCACACAACGUUUUACCAUAUGGUGUCUGAGCAGCACCACAACUUUUUCAGUCUUUAUGGAUAAAGUUCUGCAAGGAGUCCCUUGUGGAUGCACCAUAGAUGAUAUUAGUCUUACUGGGAGAACCGAAGCUGAACAUUUACACAAUCUUGAAAAGGUACUUGAGCGGUUGCACAUCAAUGGGUUGAAAUGUAAUUUGUCGAAAUGUGAAUUUAUGAAGCCCUCCUUGAAAUAUUUGAGUUUCAUUGUAGAUGAAGAGGGUAUUCAUAUGACGGAGGAUGCCAUUGCAGCAGUCACGGAGGCACCAAGGCCAGAAUCAAGGUCUGAAAUGCAAUCCUUCCUGGGGCUGUAA